CAUUAUAAGAAGCGUCGUUCUCCGCUCUCCGUGAAGUGAAGGCGAGGAGAUGAUCCAAUUGCUGUUCACGCUGCUGCUGGCGGAGGUGCUCGCCGUGGCGGCGCUGCUCUUCCGCACCCCUCUGCGCAGGCUCCUCCUCCUCGGCCUCGACCGCCUCAAGCGCGGUCGCGGCCCCCUCGUGGUCAGGACCGUCGCCGCCACUGCCCUCGUGCUUCUCGGCUCCAGCCUCAACAGCAUGGCCAAGAUCCGCGCCCGGUCCUCAGCAGAGGAAGGCAGCUUCCUCACCCCGACCGAUCAAGUUCUCCUCAGCCGACACCUCCUGGAGGCCUCCCUCAUCGGAUAUUCUCUGUUUCUUUCUCUAAUCAUCGACCGGCUUCACCAUUAUGGAAGAGAGCUGCACAGACUAAGAAAGAACAUGGAGGGUGUAAUGAAGCAAAAUAGAGUAUUAGAAGAGGCAAAAAGCAAGCACUUGGAUGAGAUAAAUGGACGCAAAGACGAGAUCAAAAGCCUCACCGAACAGAUAAAGCAAAUGAAACUGGCUUCGGAAGAAAAACUGAAGCAGUCGAAGACUGCCGAGGCGAAUGCAGUGGCAUUGAGUAAACAAUCUGAAGGGUUACUACUUGAGUAUGACCGCGUAUUGGAGGAGAACCAAGGCCUUCGGGAACAAUUGCAAAGACUCGAUCGACAUUUCUCACAUUCUGAUAGCAAGAAGAAUUUGUGAGAAUGGUCAUGUGUGUGUGAAAUUGAUGACAAGUUUCUCUUCUACAAUUUUAUUUCAGUCAUCGCCUGUGUUGAGUUUUGUAUCCGUAAAAUCGUGGCAAGUCAAUGUGCUAAUACUCUCCCAACUUGAGUGAUCGAUCGAGUGAUCAGUUUUCUUUUUUCUUUUAAUUUUUUAUAUCGAGUGAUCAGUUAUAAGCUUGUACCUAUGUUGUAGUCUCUUAGAAGUUUGUCAUUGUUCUAUACUUGUUCCUUGUGAUCCCAUGUUUUCAAUUUCUUUGGAGAAAUUAAUUUAAAUAAUAAUGAAUGAAAAUA